AUGCCAGAUCUCUGGAAAAUCCAAGAUAAAGUCAUAAAAACUCCAGAAAUCCCAACUUUGUUGAGAAAUCUUCUUCACAAACAACCGACCGAACAACCAGCCAAAGAUGCAGCAGUUAUUGAAGGAAAGUUGAAAGACACAACUAGCCAAAUUGGUCAUAAAAUUCAGGAUUUGGAAAUUAAUCGGAUGAAAAUGGCAGUAAGUUUGGCAGCUAUGAGAACUUCCACUAAAAGUAUUUCUGAAACUAGUAAGGUUACACCAAAAAAUCCCAUCUCUGGUGAUAUACAUAAUAGCAUUGCAAAAAUAGACAUGAAAAAUGCUAUAAUUGGUAAAGAAGAUACAAGAAUGUUUGAAAGAACAGAAAAGGGGAAAAAAGAAGAAACUAAAAGAACUGAUUUAGAAAAAGAGGAUAACCAGGGUAUAGAUGGUGGAAAACAAGAUAUCAAAAAGACUGACAUGGAAAAUGAAGGAUUGAAACAUAUUGAAAAGGAACAACAUCAUAUAGGAAAACAAGAGUCCAAAAAUGAUGGUAUGAAAAAUGGAGAAUUUAAAGAUAUUGACAAAGAACAAGUUAUCCAAAAUAAUUAUGUUGGAAAACAUGAGACCAAAAGUACUGGUAUGAAAAAUGAAGAAUUCAGACGCAAUGGUAAAGGACAAGUUAUCCAAGAUAAUGAUACAGGAAAACAAGAGAUAAAAAGUACUAGUAUAGAAAAUGAAUUGAAACACAAUGGUAAAGGACAAGUUGUCCAAAAUAAUGAUCUAGGAAAACAGGAGACCAAAAGUACUGGUGUGAAAAAUGAAGAAUUCAAACACAAUGGUAAAGGACAAGUUAUCCAAGAUAAUGAUACAGGAAAACAAGAGACAAAAAGUACAAGUAUAGGAAAUGAAGAAUUGAACGGCAAUGGUAAAGGAGAAGUUGUCCAAAAUAAUGAUAAAGGAAAACAAGAGACAAAAAGUACUAGUAUAGAACAUGAAGAAUUGAAACGCAAUGGUAAAGGACAAGUUGUCCAGAAUAAUGAUACAGGAAAACAAGAGACAAAAAGUACAAGUAUAGAAAAUGAAAAAUUGAACGGCAAUGGUAAAGGAGAAGUUGUCCAAAAUAAUGAUAAAGGAAAACAAGAGACAAAAAGUACUAGUAUAGGAAAUAAAGAAUUGAAACGCAAUGGUAAAGGACAAGUUGUCCAAAAUAAUGAUACAGGAAAACAGGGAACUAAAAGUACUGAUGGAGAAAAAGAGAAAAUGAAAAGUACAACCACACUAAAAGAAAACAUUGGGAAUAAUGGCACAGUAACAGUUAUGAAUGAGAAAAAAGUGAAGGUUAUACAUGGAACCCCUAAGGCAACAACCAUGCCUACGACUACAACUCUACCCCCUCCCACCACAACCACCAUCCAGCCUCCAUACAGGGUUGAAUCUCUGAAAGAGCUCAAACGACCAAACACAAUACGCUACAACUAUAAUGGACAUUGGCAAAUGCAAACAGAUUAUUUUGAAAUAUACCUAUAUAGGGCAUAUUAUGACGAUAGAAUGACCCUAAAAACGAACCCUGCUGUAAGAGUGAUUGGAAUGUCUGAAUGUGCUGAAAAUCGAACCCUGCAUUGUUUGUUUUGGUUCAAAGGACAAGAUCACCCUGAAAUGGUAAAUGUCACUUUAGGUAGGAUUGGUAAUGGUGUACCACGACAUGGAUUAUUAUUCCGAGAGUAUAUAUUUUCUUGUCCUCUACCCAAUCGUCCUGAUAGAAAAUUCCAACCACCGGAGCAUGUCUCAUUGAUAACUACAGACUAUAUGCUCCCUACAAACUUGAUACCUGUUCUCAUCCCUGAAAAACCUGCAAAGAAGUUAGAAUUUGGAAUGUGUGUCUCAAUCACAUACUGGAAGCAGGAUCCAUAUAGAUUAGUAGAAUGGUUGGAGCUGCUGAAGCUUUGGGGAGUGGAGGAGGUAACGGUGUACAAUCAAAGCCUGGCCGUGGAGAGUGAUGCUGUCUUCAGAUAUUAUCAACAGAAAGGUUUUGUGGAUUACAGAAGCGGAGAAAAACCAAUGGAUGAUGGAGGAGAGUACACUUUCUUCCUUAUGAUGACACCUGUUAUUAAUGACUGCAUGUACCGCAACAUCCACCGCUAUAAGAAAUUGGUCAUCAGUGACUUUGAUGAACUCAUUGUCCCGAGAGGCCCAUCUAUGAACAAUUACGCUGAUAUGCUGCGACAAAUAGACACUGAACAACCCCGAUUGUGCAAAUAUAAAUCUUACUGGUUCCGUAAUGUUUAUUUCUUCUACAAUUUUCCACCCAUCUCAAAAACACCACGAUAUUUAACAACAUCUAGGUAUCUUACGAGAAUACGACAUAGCACUUACGGGAACUCCAUCAAAAGUAUCAAUGAUCCAAUGACGUGUAUUAGAGUUCACAAUCACUUUUGCUGGGAAGCCAUCGAAGGCUACGAUAAGCAAGAGUGGUACGUGGAUGUCAAGACGCAUCUAGGCAUGAACCAACAUUAUAAAAAAUGUCACCUUGAUGGUCUCCAUGGUGAUGAUUCUAAGGGAGAAUGUGAGAAAGCCAUGAAGACUUCAUAUUAUGAUGACACAAUGCUUAGAUUUAAAGACAAAAUAGAACCACAUAUUGAAGGAAGCCAAUGUGAUGUUAAAGAGGGGACUAACACACAGCAGUUUGUAAAAGAAUCUGCCCGGCAUCCUGUCUGUACAUGUAAUAAAAUGGCUGGUCAAAGCAAAACAAGAAGACGAGUACAACGACCAAGAGGAACAUCCCCUCAAGAGAUGACAGCAUGGACUUUUAUGGCAAAAUCAAAAAUGGAAAGGGAUCUUAAUAAAUUAAAAGAACAAAAGUAUCCAUUUGAGAAUCUUGUUCUGGAAGGAGGGGGUGUAAAACUGACAGCCUAUCCUGGAGCACUUCAGGGAUUAGAAGAUAUUGGAAUCCUACAGAACAUUAAGAGAUUCUGUGGUAGUAGUGGGGGAGCGAUCGUGGCAAUGUGCCUCGCCCUAAGGUAUACCCCAAAGCAAAUUGAGAAUAUGCUGCUAAACAUGGACCAAAGAGCACUAUUUAUGGAUGCAAAAUGUGGACUUCUUAAUUUCCUCCCUAAUCUUGUCAGAAAGUUUGGGUGGCACCCAGCCAAGAAAAUCGUGGAAUAUGGACGAAAAACUAUCAAAGAAGCUUCUGGGAAUCCAGACCUUACAUUUAAACAGCUUUAUGAUCAAUUUGACAAGACUGAACUGUGUAUAACAGCAACAAAUCUAACGACAACAUCAUUGGAGUAUUUCCAUGUCAAGACUUCACCCGAUCUUCCCAUCAUUCAGGCUGUAAGGGCUUCAAUAUCUAUACCAGGUGUAUUACAACCACUGAAGUUGGAGAGAAAUGGCAUGACGAAUUACUAUGUAGAUGGAGGCAUUCUAAACAAUUAUCCAAUCAAUGCAUUUGAUGGCUGGUUUCUUUCCAUGGAAAACAAGGAUUCAUUCUUCCAGAAACUUGGGACGGAUGAAGAUUUCUUUGGUACAAUCAACCCCAAGACUCUUGGCAUGAUGCUGUUCUCUGGUUUUGAAGGAGAAUCGGUGAAGCAUAGAACUCUCAACUGUAAACCUUGUAAAGAUGCCACCCUGCGGCCAAGCACAAAACUUUCAAAGAAGCAUGGAGAAAAAUGUGAAGACAUGUUACGUAAAUGCAACCAAAAAUUCCACAUGUGUGAGGCAGUGAAACGCUUCAUGCAGGAACUCAAAGAUUCAGAUAUUGAUAAAGAUGGCGUGAUUGACUUGAUUGAACUGAAAUAUGUCUUCGAUAAGUCACAGAAAAAUCCUGAACUGAAGAAAGACAUGGAAAUUCUCUUUGGAAAAUCAUAUACGUUUAAUCACAUGAUGAAUGAGUUGGACCGUAAUCACGACUCAACAAUCACUUUUCAAGAGUUCACAGAUUUUGUUGAAAGAAAAGGGUUGCCCGCCCAUUCUUUUCUCCAGGGGACUACCCAUCUCAACAUAAACAAUGCAGGGACAUUCUUCAGCUCAAUUCUGGAGACACUAGAUAUUCACAUAAAAAACUCCACAUUAAAAAAAGAGCAUUUAGAGAGGACAAUAGGCAUAUUCACAGAUUACAUCAGUACACUGGACACGCUUGAGACGGAAGACUGCAAAUUCCUAGCAUAUCAAGGCAAGGUUGCUGCUAUUACAUAUGUCAAAGAAUGGCUUAGGAUGAACAAAACAGAUCCUAAAUUCAACCUAAGACAUUCAACUGCCAGUUACAGUUCCGAUGAUGAGGAGCAUAUAUGUCAAUGUCACAUGACAAGACGUAACUCUAAUGACAAUUCAUCAAAUAGCACAGUCCCAGAAUCUGUAGACUCGGUAGACUCGAGAGUCUCAGACUCAACCAUGAACUCCGACUCAGGAACAUCAGGAAUGUUUGGAACAUCAGCAGUGUCUGAAACAUCCGGAAUGUCUGAAACAUCUGGAAUGUACAGAACAUCGAGAUUGUCUGGGACUUCAGAUAUGUCUGAAACAGCAGGAAUAUUUGAUUUGAACAGUGAAAAACAUCAAAAGAGGGACUCGGGGCGAAAAACAGUCCAUUUUCAUGAAGACCAGAUGGAUUCUGGAUUUGGGGAAGGAAUAUCUCCGCCUUCAAGUCCUUUUGUUAUUGAACAAUCUGCAGUAGAUGAGAAUUAUGUUGCCAUGGAGACAUGUGAUACACGCCUCUAAUAUUUCAUGAAACAGAAGAGAUAAGAUGAAUCAAGCCGCAAGCAGUUCAAAAAAUAUGGGAAUUCAAAAAUAUAUUCGUAAAGGACUAUUUUGACUAAAAGAUGGCAGUACGGGUCUAUUUAUAUGCUUGUAUGGAAAGAAGCUACUUAAAGAAAAAACACUUCAUUCCGUUUGUAGAAAUUACUUUUAUUAUGUCACCACCACAAGUAUUGUUAUUGUCUCCAACUUUUUUGUGACGGCAUCCAGUGGUUGUUGUUGGUAUUUGGAGUUUGGUACCUGUAACAAAUGUAACAA